GCGAGGAAGGAGAGGGAAGCGGGGAGGGCCAGUUAGCUCGUCCUUUUUUGGCGGAGGCGGUUGCUGGCCCGCCGGGAUGGGCGACUCCGGCGGCUCCGUCGUGUCCGUGGACAUCGAGCGCAUCUCCUUCGGCGGCAAGGAACAUCAUAUACAGACAAAACAUGGACCUGUAUCUGUUGCGGUGUAUGGCGACCAUGAUAAGCAUGCCCUUAUUACUUAUCCAGAUAUUGCUUUGAACCAUAUGUCUUGCUUCCAAGGACUACUUUUCUGCCCAGAAGCAGCUUCCCUGCUGCUUCAUAAUUUUUGCAUUUACCAUAUCAGCCCCCCUGGACAUGAGUUAGGAGCCACUCCUAUUUCACCAAGCAGUCCUGUACAAUCGGUUGAUGAGUUAGCUGAUCAGGUCGCAGAAGUACUUGAUUUCUUCGGAUUGGGUUCUGUAAUGUGCUUGGGUGUCAGCGCUGGUGCAUACAUUCUUACUCUCUUCGCAACAAAGUAUAGGGAACGAGUACUAGGUCUUAUCCUUGUUUCACCUCUAUAUAAAACUCCCUCGUGGACUGAGUGGUUUUAUAAUAAGUUGAUGUCAAAUUUGUUGUAUUAUUACGGGAUGUGUGACAUGGUGAAGGACUGUUUGUUGCAGCGGUAUUUUGGCAAGAGAGUGCGGGGAGGCUCUGUUGUGCCAGAAUCUGAUAUUAUGCAGGCGUGUAGAAGUUUUCUAGAUCAACGACAAAGCAUGAAUAUAUGGCGGUUUAUCCAAACAAUCAAUCAAAGACAUGACUUGACAGCAAGCCUGAAGCAGCUGCAGUGCAGAACGCUGAUAUUUGUCGGUGAGAACUCCCAGUUCCACACUGAAGCUGUCCACAUGACUGCAAAACUUGAUAAGAGAUACAGUGCUCUCGUUGAGGUGCAAGCGUGCGGGUCGGUUGUGACGGAGGAGCAACCUCAUGCGAUGCUUAUACCGAUGGAGUACUUUCUCAUGGGAUAUGGCUUGUUCAGGCCAAGCCAUGUAAGCUCCAGCCCUCGCAGCCCUCUGAACCCGUUCUGUAUAUCCCCUGACCUCCUCUCGCCCGAGAGCAUGGGUGUAAAGCUGAAGCCGAUCAAGACGCGAGCCAAUCUCGGAGUGUAGGUACAGGAGAAGAAAGUGUGGGAAUGUUGGAGGGCUUAGGUUAACCGGGGGGGUCGGCAUAUUGAUGGUGUGUCAGCCUAUAGUUUUGUUGUUGAAAAUGGGACAGAUGUUGUAACUGUGAUGUAGAUAGAGAAAAGUUUUAGGCUUGGUGAGGCUGGUUGUUGAGGGGUUCUAUUCCAUUGAUUCGUAGUAGUAUUAAACAGUUGUAAAUUGUCACAGAUUAUUGUUUGUCAAAGCAAAAGGAAUAAUAACAAUAAUGGAAGCUGAUGAGCUGCUGUCCGAUUAGGUGUGCA